AUGACAUCUUUCGGCGCCACAGAGAUUAUGCGAGACAAUUUCAUGCCUACCUUCAAAGUCUCAGGACAAAUCUACCAUCGGGUUGGAUCGCUUCUACCAUUGCCGGAGGCGGAUCAUCAAUUCCUCCAAAUCUAUUUCAUGGGGAAUUUUGAUGAGCAAGUUGACCAGCGGUGUCGACUUCAUUCAGGUGUCAACAGAGAUAUCGUUGCUGCUUUGCAAGCCUUCUUGCACCAACACAACGAGUCGGUUCGGUUGUUCACGACUGCUUCGGAGCGUAUGCCCGAAGACGAUUACGUGGUUGUUAUCAGAGUUGACAAAACACCUUCUGGAGAAAACAAGCAUCGCUUCAACGCGCCCUAUAUGAAUGAGGUGGCAAUCGUGAUAGUCGGAGAAGAAUUCAAUUCGAUAGACAUCAUUCUCCAUCGUAGAAACGGCGAUCUCCAGAGAGUGGCUGAAACUCAUCGGUCUUACGACGCAUUACAAUACCCACUGAUUUUUUGGAACGGAGACGAUGGUUACCAUUUCAGUAUUGGAAUGAGGAAUGCGCGAACGGGCCAAGAGAUGGACAAAAAGGUCAGCUCGAUGCAUUACUAUUCUUAUCGUCUGAUGAUCCGAGAGAACCGUGAUAAUCAUAUACUGAGAUGCCGAGAAUUAUUCCAUCAGUAUGUAGUUGACAUGUAUGCGAAAAUCGAGAGUGAACGUCUUCUGUUCAUCCAACUGAAUCAGACCAAAUUGCGAUCGGAAGAAUACAUUCAUUUACGAGAUGCGAUAGCCACAGACGGGAAUGUGAAUCCGAAUCAUGUGGGAAACUCUGUUAUCGUCCCGGCAACUUUCACUGGAAGUCCACGCCAUAUGCAUGAGUAUGCUCAAGAUGCGAUGACAGAUGUUCGGGUCUACGGCCGUCCGGAUCUAUUCAUCACCAUCACAUGCAACCCGGCUUGGGAUGAAAUUAAAGAGAAUUUCCUGGUCACGCGGCUUCGCACCGUCAUGACAUCAUCGCGCGAGUUUUCAAGCGAAAACUGUAAGAAAUGA